CCGCAGCGCCGGGAGCGAUUCGCCAGCCCUGGGAAGCCGGAGGAGGCGGCGGUGCCAGCGGCGCUCACACACCUCGGAGCAGCGGCGCCCGCAGGAGUUGGCCUGAACUACCCUGUGAACAGCUAAACUUCCUUCUCAAGUGUGGCUUUGAGGGUGGAGAUGUCUGCUCAGAGGUUCAUUUCUAACAAAACGUCUCAGCAAUCUGCACCUAAUUCUGAUUACACCUGGGAAUAUGAGUACUACGAGAUCGGACCUGUUUCCUUUGAAGGACUCAAGGCUCAUAAAUAUUCCAUUGUGAUUGGAUUUUGGGUUGGUCUUGCAGUCUUCGUGAUUUUCAUGUUUUUUGUGCUGACUUUGCUGACCAAGACAGGAGCCCCACACCAAGACAACACAGAGUCUUCGGAGAAGAGAUUCAGAAUGAACAGCUUUGUGUCAGACUUUGGAAGACCUCUGGAACCAGAUAAACUGUUUUCUCGACAGGGCAAUGAGGAAUCCAGGUCUCUCUUUCACUGCUAUAUCAAUGAAGUGGAACACUUGGAAAAGGCUAAGGCUUCUCACCAGACCACAGCUCUUGACAGUGAUGUUCAACUCCAGGAAGUCACCAGAAGCAGCAGGCAGCCAGAGGAGGAGCUGCACAGGCUCAUGGAAUUUGACAUCCCCAACUUUGUGAACACAGACCAGAACUCCUCCUUUGGGGACGAUGAUCUUCUGAUUUCUGAACCACCUAUUGUCCUAGAAAAUAAGCCCGUUUCCCAGACCUCACACAAGAAUCUGGACUGAGAAACAUGCUCUGUAGUGUGUCCUCCUGAAGAUGCUGGGGUGUGUUUAUAUAGAAAGAAAUCUUCAUUCACCAAAAUUGUGUGUGCAUGUGUGUGUGUGUGUGUGUGUGUGUGUGUGAGAGAGAGAGAGAGAGAGAGAGAGAGAGAGACAGACAGACAGACAGACAGACUGACAGAGGUAGAGAAACAGAGAGAGAAAGACAGAGAAGAAAUCUCUCUCUGAUGAGAGCUGAUGAGGGUGAAUUUUUAUGCCUUUAAACACAUUUGAGGCUUUUAGGGGGAAUAAAGUAUUUACACUGUGUCAUCUUCCUUGUUGAGAAAUUUGGCCACAUACUAAGCGUCAUCAUUCUUGAAUGGAGGUUAUUGUUCUGUGUUCCACUCUGGGCCUGCCUCUACCAUGCUUUACCUUUAGCAAUUUGCUUUACUUCUCUGGGGUCCCACAGUUUUUUCCUGUAAGAUAAGGAGUCUGGAGUAGAUGAUCUAUCCCGACUCUAAUAUUUUGUCAAUUUAUGUCCUUGCAUCCAGAUAAGGUUGGCAUAUAUACAAAGCUGUAUAAACUGGGGUACUGUCUCCUUUUUAUUGUAGGAUCCCCAAAUGUCUGUACCUUCCACUCAAUGCUUCACUGAGCUCAGCAUUCGCCAGGAGCCCGAGUAUCUUCCAGGAUGUCAGGACCCUUGUCUCACACGUCACUGUGGGCAGCAUUUCUGUUGGUUUUGCUGAAGCAGCUCUUCUGAGAACUUCUGGCCACCCAGGUUCAAACCUGGGGACACUCCUGCCCCUCCGUCCUGGUAUCAGUCCAUGGUGUAUCUCAUGGUACUACUGUUCCCAAGGAAUGGUAAGGGCGGUUAUGAGCUGAGUGAGGGAGGUGUCUUUUGUGUGUCUCCUGUUGAUCUAUCCGUGUCUGGUCACACUUGUGCCAUUGGCCAUUGAACAAGUAAAGUGCUAUUUGCAAUGCUGUCUACUUACUUGGCAAAUGUGUAGGUGACAGUCGUCUGGCUAGUAUGUGGCUUUGAGCUGAGGUGGUGAACGGUUGUAAAUAGGCCACCAACAGUUGUUCAGAUUGGCCUGGUAGCACUGAAUGAAACCUGCACAUUGGUAUCAGAAAUAGUUUGGUUUUACACACCCAGGUUGCACGCAUG